AUGUUUAAUAAUACACGCGACGUUCAGAUUCGUCUUGAGCAAAGAUUAGAUCUUUCUAUUGUACCAGGAAAAAGUCUUGGUUGGUUUCGACUAGGUACUUCAAUAUGGGACGUGAUAAAUUUUCUAAGAAAACAAUCUCGAGUCAUUCCUUCAGUUGACUUAAAGUAUACAGAUGAAUCACCCGUUACUACAGAUUUAUUCCUCUCCUUAUCAGUUAAUGGUAUGCACUUGAGAUUCGAUGGUCCAACACAACGACUUAAAAUGAUUGAAGUUUAUGAUUUUUCAAAAUUAAGGUUAACUUAUCAGGACAGUGAAGUUAGUUCAAGUAAAGUCGCUCCAACUUUUCUUUCUAUUUAUAAAAUAUUCGGACCCACAUAUCCAGGAGAAUUGGAUAGCUCAACAAAUGAAUACACAUUGAAUUAUCCAGGAGUUUCAUUUGUGUUUCCAAUUCCGGAAAAACACGUUUCUUUAUAUAUUUCAUCAUCGGAUCUUCCAUUAGAACUUCCAGAUGGUACAUCGCCUAUACUUUCUCGUUUAUACACUUUCCAUGGAUCCAACUUCCGUACUUCUGUAGUACCAUCUCUAACGAGAGGUACAAAUUCAGAAAAUGUUGGAUCUAGAAAUGGAGAAAUUGGUGAGAUAGAAAGUGUUAUUGCGGAAUUAAAACGUGGAGUUACCAUAAACUUUUAUGAUAGAAACAAUUCGAAUCAAAUUUCUAAAGAGAUACUCUUAAAUGUUACCACAGCACAAGAUCUACUAGUAGAUAUAGGGUCUGCUUUACGAAUAUUUUAUAAAGAAGAAGAUAAGAUGCGUAUUCAUUCAGAAGAUGUUAGUAGCAUAGAUAAUGUGGAUAGUAGAGUAAACGAAAAGAAUGUAUUGUCAAAUGGUUUAACAGGUAGUAAUCAUGAAGGAGGUGCAGAACAUCCAAUUGAUUAUUUUUACAAUUAUUUUCAUCUUGGUUUUGAUGUUUUAUUUGAUGGGAUGACUCAUCGUUGUAAAAAAAUUAUAUUACACGGUAAUGUUCCGGGACAUUAUGAUUUUCAGAGAUUUAAGAGAUGUCCAUAUAAAAUAUUAAUACAUUCCAAAGUAAAUUCUAUUCCUGAUAUGACUAAUGAAAUUGCGAGACUUGAAAUUGAUAAAAUAAAUGAACUUUUAGGUCCACCUACAGGAAGACCACUUAUUUAUAAUCGGGGAGCUGGUGGACAAAAUCCAUUUGGACCUACUGAAUUAAGUGGAUAUGAUGGGGCAGUAUUUGAAGUUAUGAAGAACGGACAUGUGGCUACUAUUACAUUAUUUUAG